ACUCCCGCUGGUUACCCAGAAGAGCGAUUGCGCAUCCCUUUACUUCUGAUUGGCUACUAAGUUCUUGGCCCCGCUUUUCUCUAUUCCCAUUGGCUGGAGCUGAAGCGCUCGCUAGGUCCCUACCAUGGCCGCCCAGCUAAGGCUCCGUUCCGCGCUUGCCCUGGUCACAGGUGCUGGCAGCGGUAUCGGCCGGGCAAUCAGCCUGCGACUGGCCAAGGAAGGGGCCCUCGUGGCUGCUAGCGACCGGAAUGGGGCAGCAGCGGAGGAGACGAUACGGCUGCUGAAGGGGAUGGGGAGCGAGGCUGGGGCUGGCCCCGGGCGUCACGCUGCUUUCCAGGCAGAUGUAGCCGAGGCCGGGGCGGCGCAGGGGUUGAUAGAGCAAAUCCAGGCCUGCUUCUCCCGCCCACCAUCAGUGGUGGUCUCUUGUGCCGGGAUCACUCGGGAUGAGUUCUUGCUCCGAAUGUCUGAGGAUUACUGGAAUGAAGUUAUUUCCGUCAACCUCAAGGGCACCUUUUUGGUUACUCAGGCUGCAGCUAGAGCCUUGGUAUCUAAUGGCUGUGGUGGCUCCAUCAUCAACAUCAGCAGCAUAGUAGGAAAGGUGGGGAACCUGGGGCAGGUGAACUAUGCAGCAUCCAAAGCUGGAGUGGAUGGAAUGACCAGGAGUGUGGCCCGAGAACUUGGACGACAUGGAAUCCGCUGCAACUCCAUCCUUCCAGGGUUCAUCAAAACACCCAUGACAGAAAAAGUACCACAGAAAGUAUUGGAUCAGAUAACUCCACUUAUCCCGAUGGGCCAUAUGGGGGCUCCUGAGGAUGUGGCAGAUGUGGUGGCAUUCCUAGCAUCAGAUGGCAGUAGAUACAUCACAGGGGCCACUCUGGAAGUCACUGGAGGUCUCUUCAUGUAAUUCCCACGGGAUCCCAGGACCCAGAACUCACCCCUUUCCUGAAGCAACUCUAUGGUCUGGCAAAAGAAGAUUCAGCUGGGGGGGGCAGUGAUUGAAUAUUGGGGAGACGUGUUAUAUGAAAAGAGUGUUUGUGACCCUAAUAAAUUCCAAAUCUUCCUA